GAAUUGAGUGAGAUUAAUAUGAGUGGAUCAUAGAGGAGUUACAUAAUUAUAUAUAAGCUCAUAAGAUUAAUUCAUCAUUACUCAUCACAAACACCUUACUCUUUGAUCCAAGAAAAUAAAAAUACAUUUCUCAUCUAAAAAAUAAUAGUAAAUCAUUCAAUUUAUUUUUUCUUCAUUUAAGUUUUGAAUCAAGAAUUAUACGAAGAUGAAGUGCAACAAAGCUUGUGAACUUUGCAAUCAACAAGCUUCUUUCUAUUGUCCCUCUGAUUCAGCUUUUCUCUGCCGGAACUGCGACUACGCCGUUCACCGUGUUAACUUCCUCGUCGCUCGCCAUCACCGGCAUAUCCUCUGCUCCAAAUGCGAAACUUUCACCGGAAUUCACAUUACCGGCACCGAACUCCACCGCCUCCCAUCAACUUGCUGCUCUUGCUCACCGGAAAAUCAUUCCGAUGAUGUCGCCGAUUCUCAAUGUUCUUCUUCAGAGUCCUGCGUCACGGCACCAAAAAGGACUAUAACUCAAAGGAUGAAGACUAGUUCGAGUUUGAGUUCUGUUACCGGCGAUGGAUCUCAGAUCGGGACUAAAAGUGUUGAAUCGGUGGCGGAGGAGCUUUUUGUGAAAUGGAGCAGAGUGUUAGGGUUAGGAUUUCCGGCGAACGGAAAUCGCGUGGCGGUGGAGGCUUUGCGUGUGUGUUUGAGAACGUGGAAGCUACUUCCGUUGAAAGUGAGUGCUGCGGCGUCGUUUUGGUUGGGGCUAAGAUUGUGUAGGGACAGUUGUUUUGCCACGUUUCAGAAUCUGAUUAGGUUGGAGAAAAUAUCAGGAGUGCCAGCUAAGCUGAUUUUGGCCGCACAUGCUAAACUCACACGUGUCUUCAUGCAUCAAAUUGAAUGGCAAGAAGGAUCUGAUGAGUGCUGAGUGAGACUUUAACAAUAGCUAACCACCAAUUCAUUUUUAUGUAUCCUAGUUAGUUGCUCUCAAAGAAAAAAAAUCUAUGCUACUUAAUUUUAUCAUUUUAUUAAUAAUAUCCUACAUAGUUUAAUA